GUGGUUAAUUAGAUUAGGUUUAAAAUCUGAUUUUAAGAAGAUACAUUGUAGAAAUAGGCGGAGUUUAUGACUUUGUGUCUGGUAUCUAGUGACGGCCCUGGUGUGGCAGAGUUGGUGUAAGAAAUGUUGCUACAAUGUUACCAUGGUGAAACUUGUUUUAAACAUGCUCAUCAAAGAUUUUUGCCUAGUGUGUUCAUUUUUAAUGACCCGGAUGAACAUGAUGACGUCAUCAGUGCACAAAAAUGGCAGAGUCGGAGGAGGAGGAUGUCUUGGUCCAGAGAGUUGUCAAAGAUAUCAAUAACGCCUUCAAGAGAAAUCCCAAUAUUGAUGAGAUAGGUCUGAUCCUGUGUCCUGAGGCCAGGUACAACCGCAGCCCCAUCGUCUUGGUAGAGAACAAGUUGGGGGUGGAGAGCUGGUGUGUCAAGUUCCUGCUACCCUAUGUCCACAACAAACUACUGCUCUACAGGCAGCGCAAACAGUGGCUAGACAGGGAAGCUCUGGUGGACAUUACUUGCACUCUGCUGCUGCUCAACUCAGACUUUACCACCGCUUGGAAUGUCAGGAAGGAGCUGCUGCAAUGUGGCGCCCUAAAUCCAGAGAGAGACCUGUACCUGGGAAAACUGGCCCUCACCAAGUUCCCCAAGAGCCCCGAGACAUGGAUACACAGGCGCUGGGUACUACAGCAGGUGCUACGGGAGUGUUCUCCAUCCAGCUCGGACAGGAAGGAGCAGCGUGACAGUGGCCUGCGUGACGCAGCAGAGAGGACUCGGCUUAGUGAGCGCCUCCACAGGGUUCUACACGACGAGAUGAAGGUAUGCGCCGACGCCGCCAGCCGCUACCCUAGCAACUACAACGCCUGGUCGCACCGUAUCUGGGUCCUGCAGAACAUGGCCCAGGGCAACCUGAAGGUCCUCCAUGAUGAGCUGUCCUCCAUGCGUGAGUGGGUCUCCAUGCACGUGUCGGACCACAGUGGCUUUCACUACCGCCAGUUCCUGCUCAAGGCCCUGGUCAGGGAGCUCAGCCAGUCCAUGCACCACCACCAUGCCCCUUGGCCCAGCCCCGGCAGCUCCAGCCCUCGCAGUCCCAGCCCGGAACCCCAGCCAGGCCACCCCCACCACCAGGCUAACGGAGAGGCCACAGCAGCAGCCCCCUGCCUCUCUCCCGCCACCCCAGAGGACCAGUCCUCAGUGCCGGCAGUGCCCCAGCUCUUUCACCAGGAGAUGGAGCUGUGUACUGACCUCAUCCAGUCCUUCCCCGGACACGAGACACUCUGGUGUCACAGGCGACACGUCUUCUACCUUUGGCACCACUGGAGGCGGGACCACGAUCACCACGAUGGCCAGGGCUGUGGCAGUGAGUCUCCCCAGCUGAACCACACUGGCGCUGGGCUGAGCAGCUACCCUCACACAGCCUCCCCUAGAGGAGUGGGUCUAGACAGGGUGGAGAGCAGGAACGGACAGACUCAGGAGGGUCAGAAUGCCAUGGAGGUGGACGGGGUCGGGGUCCCAGACCCCCGCGACACUAAGCGUCUGAAGCGGGGUCCCCCUGACCCCUACCCCCCCGCCCUGCCCUCAGAGCACGGUUUCAUAGCCAGCGUCCUGGACGGCUGCCGCUCCCACGAGCAGGGAUGCUUCGCCCUUGCAUACAGGAAGUGGCUAGACUCUGUGAUUGGUCAGUGAGAGAUGGACGGACAAGGUCAUUGGUCAGUGAAAGGAGACGCUUUCUACUCCACGGGAGAUGGGUUACGGUUUAAAUUUGCCCCUCUUGCACAGAUCUAGGAUCAGCUUACUCUCACCCAACCCCUAACCUUAACCAUUAGGGCAAGAACUGUAAAAUACUGUCCCUAGAUCAGCGUCUAGUGGCUGGUAACAUUAUGCUCAUCUUGAAGGCUCUGGAAGGGGGCUGGGGGAUCUCAAAGUUAUUUGUGGCCCCUCCCGUCUUCCUGGAAAUACCUGGACUCUGAUUUGUCGGCAGAGCUUUGUCUGAGCCAAUCCCCUUUUCAGAAUGGAAAUCUGAGUGUGGCUUUGCUCUGAGUCGUUCCACCUCAAAGCACAAGAAAGAGGACCACCAGAUUUUUCUGAAAUUGUUUCUGUAGUUAGUAAGAGGAGAUACGAUUAGCAUUCCUGUAACAUUAUUUUGUUGAAAUAUAAUUAGAUCUCUGAAAUAUUAAGCGAAUUGAUGUCAUCCAAAUUGACCAUUUUAAUUUAUAAGAUUCAGAUUGUAGUCAAAUAUAGUACCCAACAUCCAAUUUUGGCCAAACAUCUUCCUACCAAUGCAUCCCCCAAAAGAUGUCAAAGACCACCCACGGACCCCCUACACCCCAUGCCAAUCCCACCCCAACAACCAGUAUACAGUAUCAGCUGUCUAUGUUUGACAAGUAGUCUGAAGCUGUGGCUUGGAGUAUUGCUUCUCCAUACUAAGUAAUGUAUUCCCUGUGCAUCUGGUGAUGUUUCUUUCCUCCCUGUUCAGAGAAAUGAGUAAUUAAAGUGGCUUGCAUUGGUUAUUAAGCAACAAAAGUGAAGCUUGUGCAACUAUGGGGAAAAACAGACCUGUUUGGCUUAGAUUGUUGACAACAUGUGAACUAUAUUUAGUCUCCAAAUGUUUGUUGAACACAUAAAUACAUUUUCACAAUGAGCACUUGUUGACUCUCAAAUACAUUGUUACAGUUGUUAGUUAGCAUUUUUUUUGCCAUAUUAGCAUUGACAUGAAAUAUGUCAAAACACCUCAAAACAUGACAUGGUAUCAAGAACACACUCCCUACACUCGCAAUAACAUCUGCUAACCAUGUGUAUGUGACCUGAAACGAGACACAUACAAUUCCCCACAUGGUAGCUUCUUGUCAUUGUCACCGUUCAGAAUCAUUACAAAGCACAUCUUCAGGCCAUAACGAUGUGUGUGUCAUUUUUGUGACUUUAUCUGCCAACCGGUCUAUAGAUUUUUACCACUAAAUGCCACUGUUCCUGCUUUUCCACCACUCUUUUAUCCAUUUUGCUGGUCUCAUGUGUUUAUAUCACAAUAUUUCAUUUUACAACUUUGGGUUGAAAACCAAUAGAUUUGUCUCAUUAUUAAAAUAAAUUGUGUGGUCCUCACAAUUCAAGCCGGUCCUCCAUGAAAGCAAUUCAGCUUGUUCUUAUAGCAACUUAAUGCUGAAUACCAACUCUUCUUGAAUAGUCCAACAAGUGGCUGCUCUCUGAGAGGGCUAUCCCGAUGCAAUUCUCAUAUGAAGACUUUUCCUUACAAGCCAAAAACUUUGAUGGAGAAAUUGGCUAGGAACUAAAUGUUGUGACAGCCUUAAUAAAGUAAUUAAUUGCUUGGCGGUCUUAUGUGUUUCAAUAAAAUGAUCAGGAAACAGCUCUAUAAAAGAAUAAAAGAGUGUGAUGGUAUAGCAGGAACAGUGGCAUCUAGUGGUCAAAACUUGGUACUUUCACACUACUUCAUGGUAAAUAAUGCAAACGACUUCAAUACUAUCAGGGGGGAAAAACAUCAGUUUCAUAGGGAAUACAUUACAUAGUAUGGAAAAGCAAUACUCUAUGUAGCGUCAUACUACUUAUCAAUCAUGGAGAACUGAUACUGAAUACUGGUUGGGGGUGCGUGGGUGGCUUUUACAUUUUUUGGGGGGGAUUCCUCGUGUCUUACUCAUUGGUAGGAAGAAGUUUGGUCCAAAUCGGAUGUUUAGGACUAUAUUUAUUGAAUAUUAUCUGAAUCCUAAAUUGCCGAUUUGGGUGCAAUUAAUUAGCCUAAUUUCUCCAAGAUAAAAUGUAAACAAAAUAAUGCUUCAGAAAUACCUAUCUUACCUGUUUCUUACUACAGAAACAUUUUGAGAACAAUCUGAGAUGGUGGGUGUCAUGGCUUGCUGAAAUAAUAUGGAACGACUUCUCUGGAAGAGUAUGGCUCGUAUGGUCUGUUAGUAGCUUAGUUCAGGUACCUCAAUACCUCAGGUCUCUUUCAAUGUUAGGGACUGGAACAAUUAUGUCAACCAAUUCUGUCUGUCAUUUGAGUUUUUUUCACUUAAGAGAUGUAUUCUUCCGGUAUCUUUCUUUUGUCUUCCAGUAACUAAAUGUAUUGUAGCAGAAUAGGUUACAUGAAGCUGCCAGGUUACAGGAGGCUAUUCAUCACAAAUGUUGUUAUCAGGUCAAUUCUGCAGAAUUAAACUAAGGACUAUAGUGAGAUGAGCAGUGCAGCAAAUCAUUCAUGGUCAACAUACAAAAACAAAGAACAAAAAACUAGCAAAGCCAUUAUAUGCCGAUACCGAUAUGUCGUGCAUCCCUACGGACAACUAAACAACAUUUAGACUGAGCACAACCAUGAACCAAUGAAACUCAUGUUGUAGCUCUCAGAGAAAUUGAAGUUUUUUGCAAGGAGAGAGGAAAGCAAAUAAAAUCUAGCCUAGAGAAACAA